UGCCUACGUGUCCAUCAGGUACACCCGGGUCGCGUUUGCUGCCGGGCUCUCGGAGACCCAGCCCCGCCCGAGGCCACUCGCACACGGUCCCGCCCCAGACUCCGCCCCGCCGGCUUCGCGGGCUGGAGAGAGGGAUCCACGGGCGAGGGAUCGCAGGAUGAGCGAUCGGGGCCCGGGCAGUCGGCAGCGGACGCGCCGCCCGAGCCCACCGGCCCGCGCCCCGCGGCCCCGCGGCCCCGGUCCCGGCCACACCGCCAGCGUCUCCCCGACCCACGCCCGAGCCCUGUGGGCCAUGCCCGGCCGGCCCUAAGUGCGGGCCGGGCGGGGGGCGUCCCCUUGCGCCCGGGCCCAGCGCUGGCGCCCCCCGGGCUGCCGUCCAGCGUGGGGGCCAUGGCGUUCACCUUCGCCGCGUUCUGCUACAUGCUCACCCUGGUGCUGUGCGCCUCCCUCAUCUUCUUUGUCAUCUGGCACAUCAUAGCCUUUGACGAGCUGCGGACUGACUUCAAGAACCCCAUCGACCAGGGGAACCCAGCGCGGGCACGCGAGCGUUUAAAAAACAUCGAACGCAUCUGCUGCCUCCUGAGGAAGCUGGUGGUCCCCGAGUACUCCAUCCACGGCCUCUUCUGCCUGAUGUUUCUGUGUGCAGCGGAGUGGGUGACGCUGGGCCUCAACAUCCCCCUCCUCUUCUACCACCUCUGGAGGUACUUCCACCGCCCUGCGGACGGCUCCGAGGUCAUGUAUGACGCGGUCUCCAUCAUGAACGCUGACAUCCUCAACUACUGCCAGAAGGAGUCCUGGUGCAAACUCGCCUUCUACCUGCUCUCCUUCUUCUAUUACCUGUACAGUAUGGUUUAUACGCUGGUGAGUUUCUAAGGGGGAAGCCGGCCAGGGAGCGAGCCCAGAACGGACCGGACGCCUGUGCACCCCCAGCCCUGCCCCUCGGCCGCAGAGGCCUCAGCCCUGGGGAGGGAGGGGGCACUGGUGCCCCCAGCCUCCUCUCCACCCCCCAAACUGCUGCUGCGGGGAUCUCCCCGCCUUCAGAGCCCCCUCCCCUCGGACUAGGGCUGGGCAGAGCUCUACGCAGGGGCUGGAGCUCCUCUGCCAGCCCGUCGGCAUGGCAGUCUGUCCCGGCAGGGGCGGGACUUCUGGCCUCGUCCAUUUCGGGGGCACUUUGGGCCCUGCCGAGGGGCAGGGCUUGACCCUGGAAGUUCUGGGCCAGCCCCCUCAACCCCCACCCUGAGGCUCCCCCUGCAGGUGGGGGGGUACCCGCACCCAGAAUGAGCAGGCUCAGCAGGGGGGCAGCCCCACUCCUAGUCUGCCCUCUCCCCUCCCCUAGGCUCCCUCUCCAGACUCCUUCCCGCUCCCACUCGCCCCGACCCCAGCCCACCCUGUCUCUCGGACCUAUUUUCUAUGUUGCCUGGAGGAGUCCGCACCCCCUCCCCGGCCAUUUGUGACAAAAUAUGAAUAAACCACUGCAAACA